AUGUCAUCUUAUUUUAAUACGAAAGACCUUUUACCAAAUAUAUUUAGUUUAGCAUAUCCAUUUAACCUGACAUUCGUAACUUUUCAUACAGCCCGAAAUGUGCUUUCUUUCACAUUUCGAACUUAUCUCCAACAUCGUAUACCAUUCCGGAAUGACAAAUAUGACCUGACCAAGACUUUUAUGACUGUUCACUAUCGUUCGAUAUCCUCACUUUUAUUUUUAACAAUCGAUACAAGUAA